UGGGAUUAUUUGGGUUUUUGCUGUUGAGGGUGACAAACCUAAUUUUUGUUUGUUUUGAGUAGUAGUUGAGUGAGCUUCAGCAAAAAUGGUGACCACAACAGUCGACCUUCGAUCUGACACAGUCACCAAGCCAACAGAAUCCAUGAGGGCUGCUAUGGCAAAUGCUGAAGUUGAUGAUGACGUGUUAGGUUCUGACCCAACUGCCUUCCGCUUAGAAGCAGAGGUGGCAAAGAAGAUGGGGAAGGAAGCUGGUCUGUUUGUUCCGUCAGGCACUAUGGGUAACCUCAUUUGUGUGCUUGUUCAUUGUGAAAUUAGAGGGAGUGAAGUCAUUCUUGGAGACAAUUCGCAUAUCCAUAUUUAUGAGAAUGGUGGAAUUGCAACAUUGGGAGGUGUACACCCAAGGACUGUGAAGAAUAAUGAUGAUGGAACGAUGGAUAUCGAGUUGAUUGAAGCUUCCAUUAGGAAUCCUAAUUGGGAGCUGCUUUACCCGACCACAAGGCUUAUUUGCUUGGAAAACACGCAUGCAAACUCUGGUGGGAGAUGCCUAUCUGUUGAAUACACAGACAAAGUUGGCGAGUUAGCUAAGAAACAUGGUCUGAAGCUUCACAUUGAUGGUGCUCGAAUUUUCAAUGCAGCUACCGCACUUGGAGUGGAUGUUAAAUUGCUUGUGCAAGCUGCUGAUUCAGUAUUGGUCUGUCUAUCAAAAGGUUUAGGUGCUCCAGUUGGAUCUGUAAUUGUUGGUUCCGAAGGUUUUAUUACAAAGGCUAGAAGGGUCAGGAAAGCCUUAGGUGGUGGGAUGAGACAGAUCGGUAUCCUUUGUGCUGCUGGGUUGGUUGCUUUGCAAGAGAAUGUUGGAAAGCUUAAGGAGGAUCAUAAGAAAACUAAGGUUUUGGCAGCUGAAGCUUUUGGAGUCCAAAAAAACUUUCCACCAGCUGUUCCAAACAUAGCCUUCAUAUGCCAAGCAUUCUAGUUUAAAGAACAAUAUUGCUUUGUUUCUUUGCCCCGCAUUGUUGACGACUCUUACUUCGGAAAUUCUUGGGAUUUUCGCUGGCUACAUUUAUCUGCAGGGGAACUAAAUCAAAUUAAUGGGCUGAGAGUGAAUAUCGCUUCAGUGGAAACAAAUAUUAUAUUCAUUGACAUGGUGGAGGGCUCAAAAAUCACCGGAGAGAAACUAUUCAAAAUCUUGAAGAAGCAUGGUGUCCUUGUGAUGCUAGUGACAUCAUCCAGAAUUAGAAUUAUCAUGCACAACCAGAUUUCAGAUGAUGACGUCAAGCGCACAGUGUCAUGCUUUCAGCAAGCUUUCGCUGGAGUACUGGAUGAACAUGACAACUAGCGGAUGGAACUGAUAGAAAGUACCGAAAAGUGAAAACUAUGGAGAACUAAGUGUUUAUCCUAUUUGCAGUUUUCAAAUAUAACAAUAAAGUACCAUAGUCUGCUUCUUGUGACCAUGAAUAACCUUUUCUAAGAAACCCCACCAAGAAAACUCAUAAACCACAUGUUUUUAU